GACAUAUCGGCUAGCUGGCAUCUCGGAGCUCAAGUGCAAGGAGAUCGAGACUGAAGUUGAGAUUCUUCUUACCGUCGACCAUCCAAACCUGGCGCGCAUGGUGGAUGCUUACGAGACGAAGGCCUCACUCACGCUCGUCAUGGAGCUCCUGGAAGGAGGAGAACUCUUCGACCGUAUACUCGCCGCAGGCCAUUUCACCGAGCGCAAUGCUGCAGAAGCAAUUUGGCAAAUGCUGCUUGCCAUCAGAUAUCUGCAUGGUCUUGGCAUCGUGCACCGGGAUGUCAAGUUGGAGAACUGGCUGUACGAGAAGAAAGGUGGCCAAGACUUGAAGCUCAUUGACUUUGGCCUCUCAAAAUUUUGGCGGCCGGACAAGAGCAUGGAAAUGCGU